AUGAGGGCCAUGUCGCUGACCGGGACCAUUCUGGCGGUGCUCCUGCUGACGGAUGGCCUGUGCGCGGAGGGCUUCCAUCGGUCCAGGCACUUGACCCAGGACUGCACCGACGUGCCCAGCUCCGACCAGUGCAUCCCCGGGGAGGACGUGUCCGUGGACGCGGUCAAGAAGGCGAAGGACAAGGACCUCGCCGACCUCUGGCUCAGCAACAGGGAAUGCUUGAAGCAGACGGAGGAGGAUGACUGCGGUGACACCGACGGAUGCGUGUGGCAGGAGAUGUCCUGCACGUGCCAGUUGAAGGAGCUGGUGGAUAACCAGUCCCUUUGCCUGGGCCUGCCCGACCCCGCCGCGCUCCAGGCCGCCGUGAACUGCCCGACCAAGACCUCCGAGGACGACUGCCUGGCCGACGACCUGUGCAAGUGGGAGUCCGGAGUUGUGUGCCUGGCCAAGGACGCCGGCGCGCCCCCGGAGCCGGUGCCGGAGGAUGAAAAGCCCAUGGUGUGCAGGCUGCUCAAGGUCGCGGACUGCUCAUCCGGGACGGACCAGAAGUCGUGCGAGAAGACGAAGGGCAAAUGCGAAUGGGUUGCGUUUGAUGUGGACGAGGUCCCCGAGCCUACGUGCCCCGCCAUCAUCGAACAGCUUAAGGGCUUGCCCCCGCCGCCGCCCGUCGAGGGACCCAUUGAGUCCUGCAGCCCCACCGCAAGCGGCACUUUGGAGGCCAUCUUCGACGACAAGAAGGUCUGGAAGCCUGUGAGGGACGCUGAAAAGGACUGCAAGGGCAGCUGCUGA